GUUACAAAAUAUUGUAUAUUGUAUAUGUGACCAAUUCAAAGGGUGUGACAGAUUCUCCCUAAGGGACAUAUCCCUUGGGAUACAUCCCUUCACAUGUAUAUAAUCAGGACUCCCUGCAAUAAUAAAGGCUCGCUGUCAUUUGUCUCUCUCUCAAUCUCGUUACCACUGAGUAUACUAUAACACGUUAUCAGCACGACUCGCGAGAAAACGGAGAGAAAUUGCUGGUAGGAAGAAAACAGAUCGCUCCUAGUUGGAGAAGGAUAAUGGUAUGGAACCUACUCUUCCUCUCCGCUUUCACUGUAUGCGUGAAAUUUUUAUGUCGUCGGUGGCCACAACUAUACCACACCGGACGGCGCCGCGACGGCAAGGCUCGGCGCGGACAAGCCCUGUCCCCAGCGCACCGACGGUGCGGGCCAUGCACAACAAGGCCAUGCGCAGAGCAGCGCGCCUCGGCCAUGCGCGGUGCGUCUGCCUGCCUACACAGGGCCAUGCGGCUCAUGCACAGGGAGGGCCAUGCAGGCUCCCCACACGAAGCCAUGCGGCCAGCCCACCGGACAUGGCACCGGCCGCUGCGAGCCCUUGGCCGCAUGUGCCCAGGUGCACUUCGGCGCGGGUGAGGCACGACCCCGGCCAGUCCAAUGGACACGGCACGGCCGUUGCGAGCCCUUGGCCGCUCGCGACCAAGCGCAGUCCGGCAAGAACCGACCACGGCGCGGGACAGCCUCGGUUACGCGCGGUCGAGCCCCAGUGCGGGCAAGCCCCGGCCGCCGAGCGCCCCGGCCGCCGAGCGCCCCGGCGCGGGCACGCUGCGGCCGUCCCCCGGCUCGGACGCGGCCAGUUGCCAGCGUGGGCACGGACGCUCGGCCGUCAACGGGUGGACGCCUGAACGGGUGCUCUGCAUCUCUGCGCAAGCGGCACGUCCCUGCCACACCGACCGCCGGUGCGGAUCCGGCAACGUCGGGCGCGGUCGGCCUCUCGCGGAGUUCGGCGUGGCCGCCUCCUGGUGCGGGGUUGGCUGACACCGGCACGCAUGACGAGGACGCCCAGGCGCUGCUGCUCCUGGCGCCGGAUGGAGCAGACUGCGGGCGGCCCGACGGAGGCCGUGGCGGCUCUCCAAGGCGGUCGCGGACCACGGCGCAUGGCGAGCGCCUGGAUCCCGGCGAGGGCGCGGUCGCCCCUUGCCUGGUCGCGGCUACCGGCCCCAGCCAGGGCACAGUCCGGCCUCGGACGGGGCGGCGGCUCCCUGGUGGCGGCUACUGCAGGAGC